AAGAACGCCAGCUUGGCUUGUGUAAGGGUGUAAGGGUGUAAGUCAUUCCUUAUCUACCUAAUCUAAGUCGAGGUUGGCGUAGCCACACAUUAACCUAUGCAAACUUGACUUUGUAUUAUUCCGCUCUCUUAUUCCAUCCUCCUAUUCCCCUGUCUCUUCAACUAUCCUCUUCGAUACCAGGUUUUUUAUGAGCACGAUUCUUCUUAGCAGAAACUUUCGCUUAAGUCAAUUUGACUUGUCUUGGAUUUGAAGAACAGACUGACACGGGAUGACGCCCGAUCAUCCUUCCCAUGAAAUUUUCAAAGGGUCCUUGCAACCUCUGGUUGCCUCUCUACUGGAAAUUCACCUUCCCAGCUAUCCUAAUCAUAGCCUCCUCAUUCCUCCUAUUUAAGAGUUUCUGGUCCGCUCAGGGUCCUCGAGUCGCGAUUCAAGAUUCCCAUAGGACACUCAACGUUAGCAAAACUCAUACCGACUCGCCUUUCGCCCAUGAUGACAGCAAGAUCACGGUCAACCUGGUGGUGGCCACUCUUCGGAAAGAUGACAUCUCAUGGACGGAGGAUAUCAGAUUGCCCAAUCUCAACGUCAUCCGCUAUGUCACUGAUGAUAUGAAGGCACCGUAUCAUCCGCCAGUACCAAAAAAAGGACGCGAGGCGAUGAUCUAUCUAACUUAUAUGCAUGACUUCUACGACAACUUGCCAGAUGUCACCAUAUUCACCCAUGCCGACGAGAGUCCGUGGCAUGUGGAGCGCACAUUGAAUUCGUCCCUGGUAUUCGCCAUGUCGCAUCUAGACUUAAGGCAGGUUUUGCAGAGACAAUACUUCAACCUGCGCGUGUCCUGGGAAAACGCAUGUCCGGAUUGGAUUAACACGACCAAGACCGAGUACGACGACACUAAACAAGAAGAGCACUUCAUACGUCAGGCAUUUAGCGAAAACUUUGCGACGAACGAUGUUCCCGAGAUCCUUGCUGGGCCAUGUUGUUCGCAAUUUGCGGUUACGAGGGAUGCCGUUAGGAGGCACCCGAGAUCCCAGUAUCAGAGAAGCAUGACUUGGUUGAUGCAGACCGACUUGGAGGACUUCCUCUCGGGAAGAGUUUGGGAGCACUUCUGGCAGUGGCUUUUCAAGGGCCAGGCAGUGGAUUGUCCAAUCGAAUGGAAAUCGUACUGUAGAAUGUACCACAUCUGCUACGACUUGGAAAGCAGGAAGCUACUCAGCAAGCUCGAGGAAGAGAGGAAAGAUUUGGAAAAGAAAAAUGGUCUGUUCGGCAAGAUAGCAGAUCUGCUAAAUGGUAUGGAGAAUAAAAAGCGCCUGGAGGAGAUUGAUGCUAUAAUGGCGGUAGAACUCAACAGUGCACUCGAGAGGGGGAAGCAUGAAGCAGUACGGAUGCAGCUGCUCUCGGAUUCUUUAUGAAAAAAUUACGGCCACGGUCAGGCAGGUUCGUUGUAUAUGAUACCCUAACUUUGUUAAUGAUAAAAGGAUUGCAUGAACUCAUCGCUCGUCUAUUCAAUACUUGCUAGCUGAUUUCUUCUCGAGAAUGCAGGCCAGACCCUUUGGUACAAGGAACGGUUGAGCAUAUCGGAAGACCCGAUUAUUAGCCAUGACGACGUUAAAGCUCUAUU